GGUUCUGAAAAUUAGAUCGACCAGUCUAACCGUGAAUCGACAGUAAUUACAGUCCGAUUUUUCUCUAAAACCGUUUUUCUAAAAAUCGGAGGAGAACAGAAACGGCGUCGUUUUUGGCAAAUUUGCUUACUUUCACUCUUGGUUCUGGAGCUCCUUCGUUUCUUUCUCCUUUUUCCCUCCCUUUCUUUCAUUCCCAGAAACCCAGCCAAAAAACCCUAGCACUGUAAGCCUACACCACCGCCGCCGCAAGGAGUGGCAUACUGCCGCCGUCCGUCCGUCUAUCUAGCUUCCCUCGUGCUCCAAGUCUUCAACCCCUGUUCGCUGUCACCGAUCGCAGCUGCUUCCUCGAGCUCGGCAUCCGUCGUCUUUGUCUGCUCAGCCGCGCUUCCGCCGCCGUUGGUUGCCGUUAACGUUCGCGUCUUCGUUCAGCCGUCGUCUUCGUUCGUGUUCUUCGCCGUUCAAGUUUACUCGGCGUUCACCGUUCGCGUUCACUCGCCGUUCACCGUUCGGGUUCGCAUUCGUCUUGAAGCCACGUUGCCCUGCUUCAAACUCUGCGACCAACCCGCGCGCUCCACUUAGCCGUCGAACUGUUCUCUUUUGUCGCCGCCGAAAUUCGUUGAGGUAUAUAAGAAUUAAGAAGGAAGACUAUUUUAACGUUUUCAGUCAUGAGUUUGCUUGAAGUCAUUAAAAAUGCUUCAAUCAAUUCGAAGCCACUUGAUUCUCCAUUGGAUUAUCCUAUUGUUCUGAACCCUGAUACUAUUAUACCUAACUUGAAGCCUGAACAAGAAGACGCAGCGGCCUUGUGUCUUGUAAAACCUCUUAGUGGAUGGAAAAUUUCGCAAGCUGAUGCCGAACUCAUUGACAUUGGGAAGAAGUUCUUUAUACAGCUAAAGGCAAAGCUCAAGAGUGGUAAUAGUUUGGAGAGUGAUGAGUUUAUUGGUGAUUUGAAUUCCUAUCUGAAUAGCAUCGCUGAGAAAAUAGGUGUUUCGGUUGCUAUUAAUCCAUCUAUGCCCAAUUAUACUAAGUUCUUGAUUGACAAGGUUGGAUAUUUUAUGGGUAAGGAUGUUGUUGGUGUUGUUUUGGAUGUGUGCAUUUCGUUUGAUAUUUGGGAUAUAGUUGAGGCUUUGAUUGAGCAUGGUGUUAUUAAGCAUUCUUGUCAUUCGGGCUUGGUUACUAGGUUAGUUGAAAAGAAGAGGUCCGACUUGAUAUGUACGUGCAUUAAGCACGCGUUUGAUCUCGGGUCAUCUGAAAUACUCAGCAUUCUGAGGUAUUUUCUUUCUCCAUCCAAAGAUGCUUAUGAUAGUAUGAUAACUGUGAAGAAGGAAUGGGAGAACCAAGUACAGUUGGCCAUUGAUGGAAUUAGUGAUAGCAGUUGGAACAAAAAGAAUCUGCUUGUGGCAAAGGAGGCUUCUGUUUUGCUUAUGGUAGCUUAUGAUGGUUUCUCUGCAUCUGAGAUUUGUUUGCAUUAUCUACUUGCAUCGUCAAACUUCAAUGAUGUGCUGUUAUCAUCUUCCUUCAGUAAGUUGAAUGGCAAAGAGUUGAUUAACUUGAUUCGCUAUUUAUCGAAGUGGCUAAAGAAGUAUGAGAGGUUUCCUCAAGCCGGUCCCUGCCCUGAAGCUGCAGCAGCUUUGGGUUUGACGGUUUGCGAUUGGGUUCCUAAACUCGACGAUGUUGUGAAGUUUCUUGGUUUUGUGCUUGAUGAGAACUUUUCUUCGUUGGUGUUGCAUCCGGAGUUUCAUGAGCAGCUAAGAUUAAUUGAGGAAGUGGUUAGUUCUUUGACUGCUGAAUCCAAAUGUUGUUUUUUGAUGGCUGAUGUGGUGAACAAACUAAAGAUGGAAGUAAAAGGUGGAAAUACGUAUGAUCUUUUUUGAAACUUUGUUGUUCGAUUUUGUUAUGUUUUAUCAAUUUUGAUAGAAUAUGAAGACUGGUCCGAAGUGUGAACUGAUAAUCAAAUCAUCAAAAUCAUUGUAAUUUUUGGUUUA